AUGGCUCCAAAGAGUAAUAAUAUUUUCAACUUGAUCCAAGUGGUCUUUAUAGUACUUUCAUUGGUUGCAGCAGUUGAAUAUUUUAAAUAUAGUACAAGAAUAAAUUAUGAUUGGUUCCAUUGUACACCACAAGUUACAACAUUCCCAAAUUCAAGUAUUAAACAAGUCAUAUCAGUUGGUGGACCAAGUUGUGAUAAAAGAGGUCAAACAAAAUCAAUCACCAAAAGAUUAUCAAGAGAAUUUGAACCAAAUCAAGAUGAUGUUUUAUUUUGUAUUCAAGAUGAUGGUAAUAAAAUUAUAGGUUUUGGUUCUAAAUUUGAAGAUAAAUCUGAAUUAGAAUCUUAUUGUGCUAAUAUCAUUGCUUGGUAG